AUGGAUUCAGAAUCCAAGCCACUGAAAAUCUACAUGCUCCCAUUCUUCGCACAAGGACACUUAAUCCCUCUCGUUAACCUAGCUCGUUUAGUAGCUUCAAAAAACCAACAAGUUACCAUCAUAACUACUCCCUCCAACGCUCAACUCUUUGAUAAAACAAUCCAACAAGACCAAGCCGCGGGCCACCAUAUCCACACCCACAUCAUCCAAUUCCCGUCCACCCAACUCGGCCUCCCACCCGGCGUCGAAAAUCUCUUCGCCGCUUCGGAUAAUCAAACCGCCGGUAAAAUCGCCAUGGCUGCCCAUGUCCUUAAACAGGACAUCGAAAGCUUCAUGAAACAAAAUCCUCCUGAUGUGUUCAUUCCUGAUAUCAUGUUCACAUGGAGCGAAUCAACGUCGAAAGAUCUUCGAAUUCCGAGACUUGUUUUUAACCCAAUUUCGAUCUUUGAUGUUUGUCUCAUCGAAGCUAUAAAAUCUCAUCCAGAAGCUUUUGUUUCUGAUUCAGGACCUUAUCAUAUCCCCGGCCUUCCUCAUCCACUUACACUUCCUAUAAAACCAUCUCCCGGUUUUGCUAGGGUCACUGAGUCAUUGGUCGAAGCAGAAAAAGGCUCGCAUGGAGUUAUAGUUAAUAGUUUCGCGGAACUCGACGAAGGUUACACCGAAUACUACGAGAAUCUCACCGGACGUAGGGUUUGGCAUGUCGGACCAACGUCUCUCAUGGUGGAAAACACCAAAGAGAAGAAACCAGUUAAUAAUGGUAAUGGUAAUGCUAAUGAUAAACAUGAGAGUCUCGCGUGGCUCGACACGAAGGAGGUAGGUUCGGUUGUAUACAUUAGCUUCGGGAGUUUAUGUCGAUUAUCGAACGAACAACUUAUGGAGAUAGCUUUUGGAAUUGAAGCUUCGAAGCAUAGUUUUCUUUGGGUGGUUCAUGGAAAAGAAGGAGAAGAUGAUGAUAAUUGGUUACCUAAAGGUUUUGAAGAGAGAACUAAGGAUGAAAAUAGAGGACUAUUGAUCAAGGGUUGGGUUCCCCAGGCGUUGAUAUUGGAUCAUCCAUCAAUAGGUGGAUUCUUAACACAUUGUGGUUGGAAUGCGACGGUGGAAGCGAUAAGUUCCGGGGUACCGAUGAUCACGAUGCCGGGGUUCGGAGAUCAAUACUACAAUGAGAAAUUGGUGACGGAGGUUCAUUGUAUUGGUGUGGAGGUUGGUGCGGCGGAGUGGAGUAUGUCACCUUAUGAUGCUAAGAAGACGGUGGUGAGUAGAGAGAGGAUAGAGAAGGGUGUGAAGACUUUGAUGGAUAGUGAUGGUGACGGUGGAGAGAUAAGAAAGAGAGCUAGAGAAAUGAAAGAGAAAGCAUGGAGAGCUGUUCAAGAAGGUGGAUCGUCACAAAAUUGUCUUACUAAACUUGUUGAUUAUUUUCAGAGUGUGGUAGAUUCCAAAUCAGUAGAGCAAAACUAG